AUGGCGUGGCCAACGAGCUCUGAAGACGACUUCAGCAGUGACCUACGUGGCCGGCUUUCCAUGCUGUGGCUUUCGGUUGCUGCUUCCGUCGAUCUUCAUCCGCUCUGGUCUCCAUUCUUGGAGGAUUUGGCCAUUACCGAAGUGUGGCGUCGCAUGAACCAGCAUUUUGAGUUGAAGGAUCUGGGCCAUGUAUGCCGCUAUCUUGGCAUAGAGAUAGAAAGACCACAGGAAGACUGUUUUCUCCUCCAUCAGAGGAACAAGAUAGACGCUCUUUUGGAGAAGUACCAUCUGUCUAAUGCGAAAGAAGCAGACGGCCUUGUAGUAGCAGCAGCAAGGCUACUAGCAGUAGCCUUGUCCAGUACAGAAGCUGAAUGCGUCUCUGCAGCUUACGCAUCGCAGGAAGUUUUGUGGCUGCGUGAACUCCUAGCAGUUUUUGGACAGGUCUGCGAGAGGGCAACAUACUUAAUCGAGGACAACCAAGGCUGUAUCAAGCUCGCCCUCAGCGACGGCAUCAGUGCAAUAACGAAACACAUUGACGUACGCCAUGAUCCCCUGCGUGACCUCGUUGCACGCACGAUCGUGGAAUUGCAGUGUUACGAAUCGAGUCGAAUGACAGCCGACGCACUUACGAAGCCUCUCCCAAUACCUCGACUGGAGGCACUUAGGCAGCAAAUGGGGCUCGUCAUAGGUUGA